AUGUCUUCAGAUGAGGCUCACGAGAGCACCCCUGCGUCUCCCAGGGAGGAGGACCAGAUCAAUGAGUGGUACUGGCCGGUUCUUCGGAAAAUUCUUGAAAAGGAUCCCUCAGGGACGGAUCGGUUGAACCUAGAAUGCAUGAUCUGCGAUUUGCCCAUGUCAGUCAAGGUCGACAAAAAUGGUGGAAACAAAAAUGAAUCUGUCCAUAGAGCAUUGAUUCUUCCCUGUGGCCACCAAGUUGGCACCAAAUGCAUGCACGAGUUCAAUGUGUACCGUCGGCAAAAUGGCCUUCAUUUCACCUGCCCUCUCCAUUGCGAGCCGCUCCAUCACCCAGAGUGCGGAUGCUUCCUCUUUUGCUGGCACAUGCCCGACAAGGUGGAAGAUUUUGACGCCAAACCGUUCUGCAGGGCCGAAGAAGAAGACAGUAUCAACUUUGGUAGGCUCGAUGUAUCGUGCCAGAUCUGCUUCGAGUCGACAACAGUUGGCGGGCGGCCAUAUAGUAGUCUCGGCUCCCAGCGGGACCACAGGGCAUCUAUCUUGGCCUGUGGACACAUCUUUGGGGACAAUUGCAUUGCCAAGUACCUCAGGGAGUGUGAGAAGGAGGAUGGGAGCGAUCCCAAUUGUCCUACGUGCCGAGCCAAUCUCCAGCACGCGGAAUGUUGCCAUGCCUGCUUGGGCGUCCCCGUGCCCAAUUGCCCAACCCAGUUAUCUACUGUUCUGCCUACCCUCUCAGAAGGCGGCAAGAUUGCAGAGGUUUGCUGUAUGUGCGAGCUGGCCGAGGUUGUCGAAUGUCUGAUCCACGAGAUCAUAUUGACUACUCCAGCGCCUGCCGAUCAUUUCAUCUGCGCCAUUGCACACUUGCCGGGAGAGAAAUUUUGGGUGAAGCCCUUUGAGAGUGGAAUCCCCCAAGGAUCUGAAGCUGAGUGGGAGAUCCAAAUGUCUGAGGCGCUCCAGGAGUUGCUCAACGAGUCGGAGAGGCGGCUGAGGCAGAAGCAUCUCCAUGCAUGGAGCACGGGUAACCUCGCAGGAUUGAAGUUGGAGCUUCACUUCUAUACGGAUGAGGGAGCAUGA